GUGUAUUGCUAUUCGUAAGCAAAGAUCAAUUCAUAUUUACAGAUUACUUAACAAAGGGAUUCCUAUUUUGUGUUGGCAAUCGAACCAGUUUGGUUCACUUUAUAUGAGCGAUGUGAAAUCGAAAGUCAGUGUAAUUUAUUUUGUAAAAAACACCUUUAGAUUAUAGUGUUUGGUGAAAGCGACAUGUAUUCUGUUAUACGAACGAAACAUUGCAAAAAUAAAUAAAUUAAUUAUAAUGCUCGUCUUGACUUCCGGAUUUGUUUUUUGAAUCAACUGCAAGAGAUCAAAUUCAUGAUGAGAAUAUAAGAUAGUUAUAAGAACCACUUAAAUAAAAUGGAUUCGCUUUAAUAAUACGCAUAUGUUGUGUUUAAAAGUGUAUUAGUAAUGUCUUUGUCUAGUUGGUAAACAACGGGUAUUGUGUCACGCUGGCAUUCGUUAUUAAAGCGGAUUUUAGUCAUAUUGAAUAACGUGUAUCUAAAUAUAAAAAGGCGCCAUUUGUUUAAUUUAUUGCAUACUUACAAUAUGCACUAUGAAUGUAGGUAUAUGUUAUAAGACUUCUUAAAAAAGACAUUCAUCUUGUCACGCUAUUAACUGUAUUUUCCAAGAGUGAAUAAAAGGAAUAGAAUUCCCAUGGAGAAAAUAUUUGCUGAUUAAAGGGGCAUCAUGCCGUCUGAUAAACAUUCGUCAGAAUCGAGUCAUAGGAAUUGAAUUUGAAAAAAAAACAGCAACAAACAACCGACUAACUUAAAAAAGAAAGUCAUGGGGGUAGAUAUUCAAACUUAUCGAAGUAGAAUCGGAUCAUUCAGCUUCUGGAAAGGCGAAAUAACAACUUACACAGACAAUUGCUCUGCAAUAACAAAUCAUGAGGAAUGUUAUCGAAACCGUGGUUACUUAUUUACCAUCGCCCUCGUCAUUGUUAUGUUUCUGAGUGUCGAUCAGUGUUGUCUGAAACACAGGAACACUGCAUUUGGAGAUAUAAGUCAGAAUGAAUUGUGGAAUGUGUUGGAAGACAUGUUGCCUAAUGGAGUCAUAAAGGUACAAUUGCUCAUUUCUGGUGUAGAACCAAAUCCUGGACCUGGAUGUUUGACAGAUAUCGAAGCCGACAACAAACAUUUGGAAGGAACAGAUGCGUGUGACAGUGACAAAGACAAAGUCGGAAAAGGUACAUUACAAUCUAAUAUGCCUUCACAAGACGUGAAUACACACGAGAAGUUAGAAGCAAACACACAUAAAAGAAAAACAUACGUUUAUUUUGGGAAGGUUCAACCGUGCACAGGUUCCAUUAAAGUCGGUAGCAUAUUCGGGACAAAAGUUUUCAAAAUUGGUUUAACAACAGACUUACAAAAAGGUCUGCGCAAUAAAAAUAAUUCAACAAGCAACGGAUUUGCAAUAAGUCGCAUUCUGGAUGAAUUAUGUCAUUUUGGCAAGUUUGUGGGAAUGGAAAUACCCCCACUGUUAUAUUUACGUCAGAGAAUCGCGUAUAUGGUUUUACCGUCGUUAUCGUGGUGGAGGAAACUGGAAACCUCGACAGAAAAGACGUUACCAACCGUUGUACUCGCAUUCAGAAAUGAGUUUAGACAAUCCUUCUUUUUGGGGGAUAAGCAUACGAUUUCGAUGUUGGUUAAACAUAUUUGCAAUACAAACGUGUCUACUAUAAAUUUCUGUGACAUUAUGGUAGCGAAUCCUUUUGGUGGUUUUCACAUGAUCACAUGCAACUGUGCAUCUAUUUAUCCGAAUGGACAAAAGCCGGAACUGAAGUAUUCAACUCAAGUUUCUGAAGAUGAACAGCAGCAUGACAGGCCAAUAACAGAAGACGAACCCUCACUAGAUGAACGACCAUCAAUAGGCCACAAUAACGCUAGUACUCAGUUUGUAAAUCAGCCUGACAAUUAUCGUUUUGACGAUGCGCAACGCGAGCCAAGAGAAAUAUUACAAGGAGUUCAGAAUAAUGCAAUGCACGUCAAUGAGAGCAACACAGAGCGGUUUCAAUACAUGGCUCAUACAAGUAGAUAUCAGACGGCUAAAUAUGCUUCGUAUGAAAAUGAAGUUUACAGGAUGGAGACGUUUCGUGAAUGGCCUUUACAACAACCAUACCCAAAAACCCUCUGUGAUGCGGGUUUCUUUUUUACAGGUCAAAGUUACGAUCUCGUACGAUGUUUCUGUUGUGGUAUUGGUCUGAAAGACUUCUCAGAUAUGGACAAUCCACUGCUGGAGCACGUGAAACACUCGUCAAACUGUCCGUUCAUGGUAGAUAAAUUUGGAAGUCGUGCAGCCAUAGAAAGUUAUAAGCAGAGGUACAUACUUCAACAUCCAGAAGAAAUCAGGCAACGACAGCGUGAAAUUUACCAACAGCAACAAGGACGGCCUGUUACAAACUACAGAGCAAAGCACGAACGAUUUCGAACUUUAUCGUCACGCCUGGAUACGUUCACACAUUGGCCUCUACAUUUAUCCCAGAGACCAGAACAAUUGGCAACUGCUGGAUUUUAUUACACCGGCGUUGACGACCAUUGUCGCUGCUUCGCUUGUGACGGCGGUUUGAGGAAAUGGGGACCAGGAGACGAUUCUUGGAUAGAGCACUGCAGAUGGUUUCCAGCUUGUCCUUAUGCAAGAGAAAUAAAGGGCGACGAAUUCAUCAACCUAAUUCAAGUGUCUGCAGAUCUUGCAGAAACUGAAACCACAUCGCAUCAGCAUGAAGAGAUAAACGGCGUCAUGGCUGCUUUAACAAUCGAUGACAGACUCGUUCGAAGGAUUGUUGAGAAACAUCAAGUCAUUAUUACCUAUGACAUGGGGUUUCCCGUAGACGAUUUUCGACAUGCUGUCUUGGAACUGGUUCAACAAGGCACAAGAGAGCCAUACAUUGAGGACAUUGUUACACGUAUGGAGGUAAUUCGUGAGAGAAAACUACCUGACGAAACACUCCGUACACAACAACCAAUAGGCCCGCAAUCAAAUGAAACAUUGAUGUUACAAAAUCAACGAUUGAAGAAUCUGCUAUUAUGUCAUUUAUGCCACACAAACCAAGUGAACGCCUUGUUUCUACCGUGCACACAUCACAAGUAUUGCUUGGAUUGUACUCAACACAGAGACAUAUGUCCAGACUGUGGCAGACCGAUAAAUCAAACGAUUCGCACCUUUAUGAGUUGAAGAAUAAUCUGCGACGCAAAAGCAGUCAUGAAGGCGCUCGACACUACCAAAGACAGAGACCUGUCAACUGCCUUGUCCUCUCUAUGCAGAGGUUGUGCUGACAUGGGUUCCUUCUCCUUGCAUCAAGACAAUGAGGAACAGUAUAAUAAAAACCUUGCUCACGGAACAGCUGCAUCAUGCCUUCAACAUAGUUGGUUAGCUUAAACCUAUUUAAUUUAGCUUGAUAUCAUCGAAAUAUAUAUCUUAUAAAUGUACUCUGGAGGAUGCUUCCUGGAAAAAACCAAUAAUUGCCGUCUUUGCAUAGAUACGUUAUAUUUAAAAUAGUUAUGUGUAUACUGUACUUUUCUGUACUGAUAUAGCUUGAGCAUGGAAUGUAAUGAUUUAUAUUGGACACGACAUAUGUAUAUGCCAUGACAAGUACCCUAUUAAUAAAACAACCGUAGCGUCGGCAUUAUAUGUAAGACCACAACCGACAUGACGUUUAUGUUAGUCAAUAUUUUUAAUACAGCAGGGGUUGCAGAUAAUUUUAAAUUGCUGUAAACAUAUAUUGAAUCCAAUUUUCAUACAGGUGUACAAGUAGGUGGCUACGCGUUAUUGUUUCCAUACAAGAUGAUGAAUAUGCAUAUUGCCGUAUACAUGGAACUUCGGAAUACGUUAUUUUCUUUGUUUCGUAGAUUUAAACAUUUUUAUUUGGUUUGUUUGAUGAUAUAUUUAGUUUGAGCACAAAUGUCUUUUUAUAGAGAUAUUGCAUGCGUGUGUUUCUGUGUUUUAUGUACUUGUUUCAUUAAAUCGCGUGUGAUGUUGUAACGUCUAUGUCAACGUGUUCAUCUUUUGUAUAUGAUGUCGAUGUAUUAUUAGAGAAAUACUUAAAUAGCUAUUCAAAUGCUUGCAGGCAUAUAACAAUGUCAUUAUCCGUCCGUAAACAAUUAUGCGUAACUUGCUAUAACAAUCUUUCAGUCAAGUAUGUAACAUGUUAAGACAUGUUUUAUAUAAUAUGAGCUCCUCAAAUAUAUUUUUAUAAAUUGCAAAUGGCCUUAAAUCACUAAGACUUAUAAUUUGUUUUUUUUAUGAAAUUCGCCUUUGUUUUUUAAUAUUAUUUAGAUAUUCUAAAAUAUAUUGAUUGUGUUAAUAACACUGAUUUACAUGUAGAUGUUAGGUUUGUCAUUAAAACAAAAUAAAAAUUAUAAAACUUA